GCGCACGUCUUUGUGCUAGGUCUCUAGCAAUGUCGAUGCGCCAAAAGUUCAUGCACACGUCAUUAGUCUCGUCACAAUAUAAUGAGACGAUGACAAAAGAACCCAUGGCAGCAUGUUAUAAGGCUUGGGUGUUCCCAUCAAGACAAUUCUUUCAUCGUCGGUCCAAACACAGUUCAGUCUAAGUUAAUUGUCACGAUGCGCUCAAUCAUUUCCGCCACCACGUUCGCUGGACUCGCAGCUGCUGCGAUAGUCAACAGCUCUAUCACUGUGGAGCCUCAGGUACCUCAUCCACAAGAUGCUGUGCCAUCCGGUGUUCAAAUUCCGUCUAAGAACGGAUUUGAAGACGCGUCGGUCUAUCCAUCUCGUGGAGGCAAAGCCGUAUGCGUACGUGGUAUCAUUCCCGUGGAAGCAGUAUCGCCUAUGAAUGUGCACUUCAACUACGACGUUCCAGCCAACCAAUCCGUCCUCACGCAAACAUUCGUGUCAAUGGUGACUCCUGGAUCCCCAUUCAUGCAGCAGAUCAUGGGCGGCACAAACAGCGUAUCCGGCACAUACAACAUCUACUCCGAACUCUGCCUGCCCGCUGGCAAUGCCCAGCCCAAAGCCGUCCAAUUCCUAACCCACGGCAUCGGCUUCAACCACCUCUACUGGGACUAUGCGCCCGGCUACUCGUACGUCGACGCCGCCAUCGACAAAGGCUUCGCAACAUUCAACUACGACCGUCUCGGCACCGGCCUCUCCACCCACCCAGACGCCAUCCAAACCACCCAAGCCCCCCUCGAACUCGCCAUCGCCGCCCAACUAGUCCAGAAGCUCCGCGCCGGCGCCAUCGGCACAACACAAUUCUCAAAAGUCGUCGCCGUCGGCCACUCCUUCGGCAGCAUCAUCUCCCAGGCCCUCUCCGCCACAGCACCACACCUCCUCGACGCCGUCGUCCUCACCGGCUUCUCCACAAACACGUCCGGCCUCGCCGCCUUCACCCUCGGCCUCGACCUCUCCAUCGCCUCGGGCGUCGCGCCCUACCGCUUCGCCCAGCUUUCAAACGGCUACAUCGCCGCCGGCACGCCCGCCGCCUUCCAGACGGGCUUCUUCACCGCGCCGGGCUUCGACGCGCGCAUCGUGCAGGAGUCGUACAGUACCGCCGGCGACGCGUCUGCAAUCGGCGAGCUCUUCACCCAGGCCGCCAUCUCGAAGCCGGCGGCGAACUUUACCGGCCCCGUGGCGAUUGUGAAUGGCGAUGCCGACUUGCCGUUUUGCUUUGGGAAUUGCAGCUACCCGGUUGACAAGGCGCAGGCGCCGCUUGCGAUGCUGUAUCCGGCUAGUCAGCAUAAGGGGAGCUAUAUUGCUGGGACGGCGGGCCAUGGGAUUAAUCUGCAUUACUCUGCGCUGGACGCGUAUCGCUGGAUUCAGGACUUUCUUGCGCAGGGAGGGAUUACUGCGGAAUGAAAGGCGGUCUUUUUGUAAAAACCAAAACUAUGAUGUUAAUAUAAUGUAAAUGAGUAAUAGUCAUCGUACUGAUACUAGAUUGCAAGGCCUGUUCCGUCGAUCUCUCUC